AUGAGUCUACGCAGCUACUCGGGCCUGUUAAGCCCGCAGCUGAACGGAUACCGCCCUGGCAGCGCCCUGUCGAGCGAGUAUGAGGGCGCCUCUCGCUUUCGCACAGUUGCGUGUGCCGGCCCUCUUCCAGAAUCGAAGCGGUUUUCUCUACAGCGCUGUCGGCCGGACUCACGUAAGGCACACAUACACAUGUCGGAGAGGGACAAGCCGACCAUGGGCGCAUUGUCAGCGAUGCGAGGCUCAGGCAACACCAGCCACGAGAACGUCGCUGCUACUGCUCAGCGCUCUCGGGGGACACUGAGUUACUCGCAUCCGAUGGAGUCCAGCCAGCGCCACACAUCUUUGGCGUCCCCUCCCAUGGCUUUUCAACCCGUGCGGUACUUGCGGCUGCCUGGCGUAGACAGACGCAGUGAUAGGGACGACGACGGUGUUUCGAAUGCUAUGUCCUUCCAGGAGUCGGCGCAACCGAUGGAGCGGUACCGCGUGGCAUCGCAGGCGUUUCAGAGCUCUGACCUUGCCAACAGCAAGGCCACGCGUAAGGCGUCGCAGCCACCGACUGUCGUCGUGACGACAGUGAAGGCACAUGCACCGCUAAACACGCUGGUAAAAAGCAAGAGCAGCGCAGGCGGUUCGCUCAGUGCGUCUGCGACUCUGAAACUGCGCAACGCCACCGACAGAGGCAAUGACGGCGAUGUGCACGUGCCAGCGUUUUGCACAGCCUCACGAGCCAUAGGGAACAACAGAAGCUUCUCUCAAAGGCCUCUACGUGACGCCGGGGCUGCUGCUGUGGCGUCACCACUGCUGCUGACCACUGCUGCGGUCGCUGAGGACGACACCGAACUCAGCAAGAGCGACGUCUCCGUCGUGCUUAGCUCCAUGACUUCUGGUUACUGCACCAGCCGCAAGUCCCAGCCGAUGCAGGAGCAGCGACAGAGCAGUGGCGGAUGGCGUUGCGGCAACCCGAUGCCCGCCGAUGCGGGCUUCGUCGACUCUAUAGAGAAGAGGUACGCGCUAGAUGGCCUCGUGCUUGGCCGCACGCAGUACAUGAGCUUUGGCGGAUGCGCUUCCCCAUCCGAGCCCGGUCACUCGUCCAACGGCCUGUCACCAGAGUGGGACAGGCUGCCACUGCGAGCGCCGAACAAUGGCGCCUCGCUGUGGGCAGAACGCCACGGGCAACGUAGCAACGGCGGCCUCCCUGUGAAUGCGAAGUUUUUAGUGAUCAAGCGCCGCCCAUUGGCGAAUUCGCGCAUCGGUGGCAGUGCACUUCAACAGCAGAAAUGCAGUGAUGGGUCGUUAGUCGUCGAGUCACAGGCACCGACCCCACGAGCGAGUCUAGCGAUUGACACGGCAUCAAAGGGCCGGGUAGGUGAGGCUCAUGGCUUCACCCCCCAGUGCGACGUGGUCCACAGGUCCCCUUGGCCUGGCUACACCGGUGCCACCCCCGUUAGCGUCCUGUUGGAGCAGACCAAGCGUGGGACCAUGCGCAAAGCCUCUCAUGAGCCCUACCAGGUCCAAGUGCCGCGGCUGGAUUUUGGCAAGAUCACUGCCAAGCGCGAGGAACAGGGCCGCAUGGGCUUGGCGUCGUACACAGUUGCGCACAACCACAUUUCUUCCUCGAGGAACCUCAUCUCCACUUCUUCAGCCGACAGCUCUGGGGCGCUGGACGUGACGGUAUCGUCCAUCACAGACACCGCCUCGCCCAGCAUGAGAAGCAAAAGUCGUGACCAAAGAGUCAUCCCGAGCGUACCGGACGGUAUCGGCGUUGAAGGCGAGGCCCACGACAAGGGAAACGAGCGACCCAAGUACGUCCCCAGUAGCCUCCAGUGGACGAACCCCCCGAAUGGGCACUGCGCAGAGACUGCCGAUGACUCAACGCAUGAGAGCUACGGCGGCACCACGGCAAAGAAUUCUGCGUGUGACAGGUCGGCCGAUGACGUACGCAUGAGCCGCACAAUAGAGUGCGGCUCACCCGACCUUCGAUCGAUAUCGUCCGCGACAGCACGCGAAAGCUUUAAUGGCAAUAAUAGAGGUCUCCAAAGUGCGUCAAGUGCCGCCGGCUCCCAGAACAGCCUGAGAGACAGCGGUGCUCUUCCAGCGCUUAGGUCACCUCUUGAGAGGUCGGAGAGAUGCACGCCAGAUGGGCCCCCGCCAAUGACGUUGGAGGGAAAGGAGGGGGGCACAAAGUGUUGUGUCAUCAUGUAG